AACAGUGUCCACUGAGCGGUCUCUUUUUCACCAUCGACUCAGCGCUGAAGAUGAAUGCGCGUCGCUCCCGGUAACUAUAGAAACUGCGCCACAGCGCAGAUUAGCGGCCAAACGCACAGUAAACUACUCCUACACAUCCUCAGUGAAGUGAAAAAUGGGAACCCGAGGCUGUGGGGUUCGGCCAAAAAACCCGCCCAGUGAAAGAGAAAGCAAAUCUCCGUCAGUCCACGACUAAACAGCACGUAACGGAGCCCCGCUACAAUGGGACUGAGAUCCGCCCUGCUCGUAUUCACCUCCGCGGUGGUAAAUGCAGCAGUCACAGGAUCCAGUGUUCUGAAUUGUUCCACUCCAAACAUCGUCUGGCCUGGUGAUGACGUCAUCCUACCGUGUCGUCUUCAACCUCCACUGAGUGCUGAGUCCAUGAGGGUGGAGUGGACCAGACCUGAUCUGGAGCCAGAAUUCAUCCAUGUUCACCAGGACGGCCGCUUUUUAUAUGAGCUUCAAAAUCCAGAUUAUAAUUAUCGCACAAGUCUGUUUGUGGAUCAGCUGCCUAAUGGAAACGUCUCCCUGAAACUGUCCAGAGUGACUCAGUCUGAUGCAGGAACAUACAGAUGUUCCCUUCCCUCAGUGCAGCAGGAAGCGUCUGUGCAGCUCAGUGUUGUGUCAGAGGUCAUUGGAUCUGAUCAAGCAGUUCGAGCAGUGGUUGGUGGUGACGUCAUUCUGCCGUGUCACAUGAAGCCUCCGUUUGACGUCACAACUCUGACUGUGGAGUGGAAGACACGCAACGGAGCAGUUGUGCACAAGUUUACAAAUGGAGGCGACAACACAGAUAUUCAGAAUGAUCAGUUUAAAGGCAGAACUUCUCUCUUCCACGAUGAGAUGCACAAAGGAAACAUUUCACUAAAACUGACCAACGUGACUCUGACAGAUGCAGGAAAUUACACCUGUUCUCUUCGCAAACAACAACAGGAAAAGAAAGGCAACGUUGAGCUGGUUUUUGAUUCAAAUCAAACAAUUGUUGGUUCCACCUCGUCCACUACUACUACUGUUACUAUUGUCAUCAUCAUCGCUGUCGUUUUGCUGAUUGCUUGUGUAGCAGUGUGUUUAAUUCGUAGACGUCAAGGAAACUGUGGGGGAAGAAGGCAGCAUGAACAGGGAGACACCCUGAGGACGUAGCUGUGACGUGAACGCUGACGUAAACACUGACGUAAACACUGACGUAAACACUGACACUGACAUAAACACUGACGUAAACACUGACGUAAACACUGACGUAAACACUGACACUGACGUAAACACUGACGUAAACACUGACGUAAACACUGACGUAAACACUGACGUAAACACUGACGUAAACACUGACGUAAACGCUGACGUAAACGCUGAUGUAAACACUGACGUAAACACUGACGUAAACACUGACACUGACGUAAACACUGACGUAAACGCUGACGUAAACACUGACGUAAACACUGACGUAAACACUGACACUGACGUAAACACUGACGUAAACGCUGACGUAAACACUGACGUGAACGCUGACGUAAACACUGACGUGAACGCUGCCAACAGCGUUUGAGCAUCACUGGAGCGUCCUCUGAGGUGAUGACUGAGAAACUGCUCCUGACCUUCACCGUCUGUAACCACGACACCACUAAGUGUGAACCUGGACCUUUGCGUUGUUGCGUUUUGUAUAACAUGAAUUUGAACUGUCAGACAAAGGUGUUCUAUGCAGAGCAGAAGAACACGUCUCAUCCUUUCUGACACUUCUCACACUUCUGUAUUAAUAUGAUUAGCGUCCCACCAGCCUCUAACAUGCAGCUAUACUCUAUUAUUACUACAUUUACUGUGAUGAUGUAUUUUACAGUGUAGAACCGUGGGGAAACUGUUGUAUACAGUUGUUAAAUUCAUUGUUUGAAUGGGUUUUUACAUCUGUGUUUUUACAUGUGUUUAGUUUGACUAGGCACCAAAACACUGGCAACCAUUAAUGUGGAGCCAGUGCGUUUAUUCACCACCAACUCAGAACACUUCCUCAAUGUGAAACAUGUACGUGUGAAGCUUCUUUGACUUUAAGGCUCCAGAAUGUGAACACUUCCAAUGAGGCCUCAGAUGGAGACAGAUGGAGACCCCCUGCUGAGGCCGGGCCUGACGUGUGCUUCUGCUGGGUCCUCUUUUCUGUAGAGGCUGCUUAGUUUCACCAAUGUGCAGCUCUGAGCUUAAACUACGUUGCUCUUCUCGUGUUUCUGUCUGAUCCUUUAGGUGAGUGUUAGUGGGUUUGAAAUAAACAACCAUGUUAUAGUUCCCAAAAACCCUUUUCAGCUUUUCAGAAACACUCCUCAUGUGGAACCAACUCUUUUACUCACUGAAGCUAAGAUGAAACUAUCAACUAACUAUGUCGUUUUAUAAUAAACAUUUCUACAGUUUGUGUUUUUGACUUUUUUCCUAUUUACGGGUUUCUUUCAUCUGAACUAAUAAUAAAGGCGUUCAC